AUGCAGUUCCUCGUCCUCCUCGCCACCACGGCCACCGUAGCUGUCACGGCUUUUCCGGAGCGUCUUGCUGCGAGAGGCGAUCCCCCCGCCGAGGGUGGCGGCUUUGUUCCGCACUGCUAUGUCUACGAGGUGAAUGAACGUGGCGUCAACGUCGGCGCCUCACCGGCAAGACAAGGGCAACGCCAUCGCUACCAGCUGCAAGGACUGCAAGAGUCGCACUUUGAUCCCCAGUGGAUCGAAUGUUCGUGCAGGGACGUCUGGGGCGGUUGGAGACAGACGUCGUUGGAUCUGAACGAGGGCGUUCGCUAUGACCGGAAGCCCAAUGUCCUCGCGUGCUUCGGGAAUCUAGGGAUUUCGACCGAUCCGAAGGCUUGA